GAAUGAGCUCCCUACUUUCUCAAACGUUUACAAUGAUCCGUUCGGCUAUUUUAAGAUCACGGGAAAAACACACGUUCAUAAAUGUAUUGAGGGGUUACCGCUCUGGGUCAGUUCUCCACAGACAUCGAACUUCAAUAUCUGGUUUCACAUCAGCUUUGAACACAGAAACGCAUGUUUCCACUCAACGGGGACAGUUUUUGAAUGUUUUUGUGAGAAACGACAGACCAAGAUUGGACUUCAGGGCCUUUACGACUUGUUCAGAUGAAGGUAGUAACGUUGUUGGAAAAGUCAAAUCAACACAUUAUCAUCUUGUUUACACAUGCAAGGUUUGUUCGACCAGAUCCACUGAGAAGAUAUCCAAGUUGGCGUACCAUCAAGGAGUGGUGAUUGUGACAUGUUCAGGAUGCAAAAAUCAUCACAUAAUUGCUGAUAACCUUGGCUGGUUCUCUGACCUUGCAGGAAAAAGGAAUAUUGAAGAAAUUCUUGCUGCAAAAGGUGAGAUAGUGAAGAGAGUUGAAGGCAGCUCAGCGCUGGAAAUACUAGUGGAUGAAUCUCAGAAUGAUAAAUGCCAAAAUGAUUUGCAUAAAGAAAAGUGUAACACACCAAAAACAUAAAACUGUGAAAAUUCCCAUGUGGUAAUAAAAUGUAUUUUUUAA